ACACCAAAUCGGCAUUCGCAUCUCCAAAUUCAAAAAACAUUUCUGUCCCUCAAAAUUUUUUUUUUAAUUAAAUUUUCCGCUCAAUUAGCCCUAAGCCCUUGAGCACACUUUCAAGUCUCAAGCUUCACUCACUUUUCAUCAUUUCCUCUUCAUUUUCCCAAACAAAUCCUUACCAAAACUGACAAACGAAAUGGAGAAAACCGAAAUCAACGGUCCGAUUUUCCCUUCAAGCUCCACAAGUAACGUUCGCGCGGUUAGAUCGCCAGCUUCUCCUCUUCAGCCUAACUUCAGUAGCCGAGCUGUUCAGGAAGCUUUGGAACACUUAGCUUCCGUCGACCUUACUGAGUUAUUCAAUGAAGCAAAGGUUGAGUACUGCCGAGCAACUAGAGAUUUAAGAAGCUGUGGACGUUAUGUACAAUAUGUGUUGAACUUGUGUGGACAUGCCUCAUUAUGUGCGGAGUGUAGUCAACGGUGUGAUCUUUGUCCAAUUUGUAGAAUUCCAUUGAUAAAAAGUGGUAAUACUAGAAUUCGCCUUCGCCUUUAUGAUGAGUGCAUAGAUGCUGGCCUCAUUUCUAGAAGAUGUGAUGAGAGGUUUCAAGAUAAAGAAGAUAGGGAUAAUCAGCUGACUGCUGAUGUUCAACGUCUUUAUUCUUUUCUUGAUGUAGCCUUGGAGAAUAACUUGGUUUCUUUGGUUUGUCAAUAUGUCACAGAUAUAUGUAUGGAUGAAACUGCUGUUUCCAGUGAUGCUGUCACUGCUUUGUUGCUGGAUGAGAAGGUUGUGAAGGAUUGGGUGAAGCGGACAUUUAAAAACAUCGCAAUAGAACUUCAAGGGAUAUAUUAUCUUGAGGUAGAAGAGAUGAAAAAUAGGUUAGGUUCCCUUCUAAAGUUUUCAGUACAUCUGGCCGGCUUAUCCUGCGUACUUGAAGUUUUGGAGUCAUCUUUCAAGGGCCGUCUUUUGGCACAGCUCCAUGACUUGCACCACCUUCAAGAGAGUAUAUUGAAGUCAAAGCAGCAUCUUGAGAUAGCAAUAUGGUGUAUAAGGCAUCAAUUCUUGGAACAUGUGGGGUCUCGUCAUGCUAACUUCACAUCCUGGCGUAAUCUUGUCCGUGAAAGGAAAUCAGCUGCAAUUAAGCGUGCAUGGCCUGAUGUGGUAGAUCACUCAGCCGACCCCACCGGACAGGCUGGUUCUCUUUUCAUUGAAGAUGCACUAGCAAAUCUUGAAAUGGAGCAGGCAUAUGACCAGGAGAUAGGAGAAGAGUCAGAUUUUCCAUUUUUGCAGAAGAACGGAGCCUUGCCCUUUUUUAGGUCUAAAAUAGAGGGAAUGACAGGAUGUUAUCCAUUUGAAAACCUCCGAGCUGCUGUGGACAUACUCUUUCUAUGUGGUAGUUCUGAUUUGGUGGUUGCAAAGCAAGCAAUUUUACUAUAUUACCUGUUUGAUCGGCAUUGGAGUAUGCCGGAAGAAGAAUGGAGAAAUAUUGUGGAUGACUUUGCAGCCUCCUUUGGUAUAAGCAGGCAUUCAUUACUUGAAUCAUUCACUUUCUGUCUUCUGGAUGAUCACUCAGAUGAGGCUUUGCUGGAAUGUCAUCAACUUCUUCCAGAGAUCUGUGGCCCAGCAACUCAUCCUAAGAUUGCACGAGUUCUGUUAGAAAGGCAGAAUCCUGAGGCAGCUCAAAUGGUUUUACGUUGGUCUGGUCGUGAUGGUGGAUCACAGUUGGUUUUGCUUAGUGAGGCUGUCACUAUUGUUCGGGUGAAAGUGGAGUGUGGGCUUUUGACUGAAGCAUUUACGUAUCAGCGAAUGCUUAGUACGAAAGUCCGGGAAAAGAAGUUCAACUAUGGACCAAGUGGGGAUGCAUUUGAUGAACUGAAAGGUGAAUGCAGGUCCUGGAUGGACUGGAUAGAAGUAUUGGUCACUGAAUUUUGUUGUUUAUGUAUUCGGACAAACUUGGUAGAUCGAAUGAUAGAGUUGCCGUGGAACUCUGAUGAGGAGAAAUAUAUCCACAAAUGCCUGUUAGAUUGUGCAACUGAUGACCCUUCAACUACUAUUGGAAGUCUCCUUGUUGUGUUCUAUCUUCAGCGUUAUCGAUAUGUUGAGGCAUAUCAAGUUAAUCUUAAACUUUGGAGCUUGGAGCAAGACUUCAUUUCAAAUGAUUCUGUCAAUGAAGAAGUUCUAUCCAGAAUGGAAUCACAACGUCAGAGAAGAAAAGAAUUGGUUGAUAAAGGUAUAGAAUUGCUGCCAGAAGUCCUGCAGCAACAAGUAAAGACUGGAACAUUGUCUGAUAUAGUGGUUGCUUCUGGUAAAGAGGAUGAAAUGCCAGCAAGAUCUAGUCUUCGCGAGUUGCAAGAACCAAAGUCAGCCAGUUUGUUGGUUCCCUCCACUUCUGAUUCCAUUUUUCUACGAACAGACCAUAUGGCUACUCCUUUGAGACCGCCAGUUUUUGAAAUUCCUAAAAUAUUUGGUGGAUAUGUCAACAAUUCUUACGUUCAAGCUGGUAACCAGGGAUCUUCUUCAAUUCUCCAGAGGAGGUUAUUUGCAGAUGCAGAAAGAGUAUCAAAUGUUGAAGGAAAAAACAUCAAAUUUGAUGACAUCUCAAGUCCUGGAAUUCGUCGUGCAAGUCCCACAUAUGCUACACCAUUAAAAGGAAUCAGUCAGAGUUCAUCGAGAGAGCUUCCAAACAGACAUCUUCAAGAAAAACAAUCUGAUAAAAUCAUUUCAGAGGGCGAGCAAAAUGGGUUUGUUAACCAAAUCCGCAAUACAAGUCCUCCAUAUUCCCGAAGGGUGACAGCUAAUCCUGUAUCAACACCUAGCAAUAACUAUGGUUUGUUUAAGGGUUCUGCAAAUAACCUGCGUUCAAAUAUUUCUAGUAAGAGGGGCCAAUCAGAUAGAGAUGAUGGACAUUGGAAUGUGCCUCCUACAGAGGACUUAAUGGAUGUCUCUUGGAGCCAUGGAGAGAGGUCUUCUGAGGACAGAAAUGCAAAUGUGGGGCUGAGAUGGAGAUCUGAUGAAACUAGUGAUGAGGAAGAGCACAGUCCAGAGAGAACCGUAGAAGUCGGUGCAACCCCCAUGAGGGGACAUAGAACAAGGAGAUUUGCCAGAAGAUGAAAGAUCUCAUUGGCAAUGUAAUACGCCAUUCUCUUAUCUGAAUACAUGUUCUUGCCCUUUUCGUAACGAAUGAACCAGAAGUGACCAAGUGACCCAAACCUGUAAAUAUGGGGGAGAGUUACAAUGCUCAUGUUUCACAGUUUCUAUGGGAGAAAGGUCCAACUCUGCCGUUUACUGGUCUGGUAUUCGCAAAUAUCACAAACUCAGAGAAGCGGGGCAAUGGGCCAUGGUUGUCUUCUAGACAUCAUGAUGAAACCAAGUUUUUUGAUAAUUGAAGGGGGAUCAAUUCAUCAAGGAUCACCCAUAUUUUUUUGUAUUUUUUUUUUUUUCUAAAAUUGAGCUCAAGGCAGCAUUUUUCAUAGUUCUCUGUUCGUCGAGCUGUAACCUAACUUUUCUAUCUUUUUAUUUUUCUUUAAAAAAAGAAAAAAAGGUUUUGCAUGCUGAAUUAGAGAAA